CAAUGUCAGACUGUCAGCUGCUGGAAAGCAUGCGCAUUUAUGCAUGCAUUUAUUUAGAUUUCGUCGACUUUUCUUUUCCGUUAAAAAUCAAAAAGUAAAAGCACGUAAAAUUAAUUCGGUCCCUUAUUCUUUUUUGUUAAUUUUUAACAUAGUUCUGGUUAUACUUCAAUUUAAUUUUAGAAUGCCUAAAGCAACGGUAGUUAAAAAAAGAAAAGCUGCAAAUGGAUAUAAAUUAGCAGAACCAUUGCCUCUAGGAGAAGUCCUAAAAGAUGUAUCUAAAAAAGAAUGGAAAUUAGGACCCUCUAUUGGCCAAGGAGGCUUCGGGGAAAUUUAUUCUGCCAAAGAAGCCGCAUCCAAAGGGUUGCAGUAUCCUUAUGUUAUAAAAAUAGAACCACAUGCUAAUGGGCCACUCUUUGUUGAAAUGCACUUUUAUAUGAGAAAUGCAAAACCAGAAGAUGUUGAUGCUUUUAAGAAGAAAAAAGGAUUAAAAACCUUUGGAAUGCCUUUGUAUCUAGGAUCAGGAUCGCAUGAAUACAAUGGUGAAAAAUAUAGAUUUAUUGUUAUGGAAAAAUUUGGAAAAGAUCUUUGGAAAAUAUUCUUAGAAAAUAACAGAAUAUUCCCUACCUCAACAGUAUUUAAAAUAGCAGUACAAAUCCUAGAUGUUUUAGAAUAUAUUCAUAGUAAAGGUUAUGUGCAUGCUGAUAUUAAAGCGGCGAAUAUUCUAAUGGGUAUUACCAAAGAAACUCAAAAUAAACAAUGUUAUUUGGUAGAUUUUGGAUUGGCUACCAAAUACAGCGAUGACAAAGACUUUAAACCAAAUCCAAAAAAGGCCCAUGAUGGUACCAUAGAGUAUUUAAGUAGAGAUGCACAUCUUGGAGUACAAUCGAGACGUGGAGACUUGGAAAUUCUGGCGUAUAACAUAAUUCAGUGGUUAGGUUGUAUUUUGCCUUGGGAAAAAAAAUUGACAGAUCCUAAAACAGUUCAAAAAUCAAAAGAGGAACAUAUGUCAAGUGUUCAGAAUAUUAUAAAAGCCUGUUUUGGAAAAAAGUCUCCUCCAGAUCCACUAAUAGAAUUUUUAAAACACCUGUCCACACUAAAACACAACACUAAACCCGAUUACCAAAAAAUAAGAAAAAUAUUUAUGUCGGGUGUAGAUUCUAUAGAAAAACCUUUUAACUUUUCUUUACAAACUAAAUCUCCCGGUAAAAGAACACCAGCGAAAUCGCCUAUUAAAAAUGGUAGGAAAAAGCAAGUAUCAGUUUCAGAAUCCUCUAAUGAUGAAAAAGAAUAUUCAGAUAAGGAUGAAGACAUGGAUGUUACCGUAGAAACACCAUCAAAAUCACCUGUUAAAAGAAAAAACAAUAAUAAAAAAGUUUCAACGCCAAAGAUUAAAAAUGGCAGGAAAAAACAAGUAUCAGUUUCAGAAUCUUCUGACGAUGAAAAAGAGCAUUCAGAUGAAGAUGAAGAGAUGGAUGUUACCAUAGAAACACCAUCAAAAUCACCUAUUAAAAGAAAAAAUAAUGAUAAAAAAGUUUCAACAUUGAAGAUUAAAAAUGGCAGAAAAAAACACGUAUCCGUUUCAGAAUCCUCAGAGGAUGAAAAAGAACAAUCAGAUGAGGACGAAGAGAUGGAUUGUACUGCAGAAAAAAAUGUUACUAUGAGAAGAAAACCAAAAUUAAAUUAUACAGAAGAUACAGAUGAAGAACCAGAAAAACCUAAGAAAAUGAAGAAAACUGUUGCUAAUAAACAAAGUAAUGCGAAAGGCGAUAACUUGAGUUUAAACGGAUAUACAGAUGCUAUGAAGGAAGUUUUAUUAAGAAAAAUUGAAAAAGAUAGGACAAAGGGAAAAAAUAAGAAAGCAGAACCUGUCUUAAAUGAUAUGGAAGGUUUUACUGACAGUAUGAAAGAAGUCGCAUUAAAAAAGAAGGAAAGGCUCGACAAAAAGAAGAGUAAAUGAGAAGUAUGUGUUCACGUAAAGCUGUUAAUUGAAUUUUGAAAAAACUUUGAUUCGCAGUUUAUCAUUUUAGGUCUUAAUUUUUUAUUCACUUUCUAAAACUUCUGAUUUUAGUUAUAUUUUUAACCUUUUUAUUGUUGUAUCAACAUUUGUAAAAUAAUUUCAAUAAAAUAUUUUUUCUAUAUUUUCUUUGUUUAUUUUAGUGCACAACGUUUCGUUGCUUUUACCCAGUAAUAACUACAAAAUAUAUUUACUUGUCGGUUUAACCUGUCAGAUUAAAACAAGAAAACCGACAAUUCCGAAGCAGAGCGGAUGAUUAAAACGCACCUGUUAAAAAUAUUGCGCCAAGAUGUAGGCAACACGUAAUAAGGGAACAAAAUGGCGGAGU